AUGGUCUUACGAUCUUAGCCUAUCCCUUAAAUAAGCCAAUGAAAAAAACUACACGAACAAAAACAAACAUUACAAAACAUCGGAAUCGCACAAAAUAAAUAAUUAAAAGAAAGUUAAUGUUGAACUACAUCGAUCAUUUCUAUUACUAAAGAAUAUUGAAUAACAAAAGUGCUGCAAACAAAAAUCCAUAUAAGAUACAGGGCAAAGAAUGGAAGAGAAAGACCUGGUGCAGCGAGGGAAUACGCUGCAAGUAAAGUUUGGUGUGACCAACUACAACACGCCAUUCACCACCAAGGCCAGCCAGGAGUACAUCAUUAGCGGCUCCGCUGUGUUCCAGGUAAAAGUCAUAGCAGCUCAGGUCAACAACGGCCACACCAACAUUUACAAUAACCUUGUUUUCCUUAAGUUUGUUAAACUUCGGCCAGAUGAUGAAUUGACUUACACAAUAAAAUUUUCAAGCAACGAAUUUGGAAUUACAAACAAGACUUUUAUCAGUGAUGAUGGAACGUGGCAUCUGGUGCACGAUAACAAGAAACAGCAGUAUACAUUUGAUGUUGCGAUCUACAUGGACAUAGUUCCAAGUGCAAGCUCGUUUGCUACACUACACGGGGAUAUGGAGCUGACAGAUUUUGAAUUGAGAGGAGAGGAUGGUUCAGUGCACAUGCACCGGGCAGUGUUAGCAGCUUCCAGCCCGGUACUGAGGAGGAUGCUGGGAGGCACGUGGAGGGAAACAACUGAAGGUCACGUGGAUGUCCCUGGUACAUCCAAAUUCACAUUGCAACAUUUGAAGGACUACGUCUACUUACAUACUUUGCCGGAGACAGGACUGGAGCAGUUGCUGCUGCUAGCAUCAUACUACAUGAUGCCUGACUUGGAGCAGAAGUGUGUGGACAAACUUGUGAACAGUUUGACAGCUCAGAAUGCUUGCGACUUGUUAGAAUUUGCCGCAAAGCAUAAGGUGACGAGACUGUUGCUUGCAAUCCUAGAGUGUGUGCAGAGUGGUGCGGUGAAAGUUAAUGAAAUGCGGGAUCAUUUCCUAAGAGGCGAGUAAAUUAACUUUAUGUGGACUCAUUAUGAGUAUUACUUAUUAUAUUGUUUCAAUAACAUUAUAAAAAUAUAAUGUACAUUGACUGUGUUGUAUAAAAUUCUUAAGUUUGUAACAGAAUACUCAGAUCUCUCUAUAAGGAUUAUUGUGCUAAUGAAUGUAUUUGAUCAUUAGUAUUGAAAAUUUUUAGGUGUGAACAGAACAGAACAGACUAUAGUCUAUCCUUUUUUAUAUUUGUACUUUUUUAAUAACAAAAAACUAAAAUUAGUGUGAUCAGCAUCACUAACAGUUGUUAGGAAUCUUUGCAUGUUAGUUUACAUUCAAUCAUUCAAGUUUUAUCUGUAACAAAUUUACCUGACAGAAGGGUUGAUGAGAUUGGUCAUUGAACACACAACCCCAACAAUAAAAAUAUCAAUCAAAGAAUAAAAAUAAGACAUAUAUAAAAAACAAAAAGAUGAAAAUGAGAUGAUGAUUGUGAUGUGAAAGUGUUGGAAAUUAUGUUAUUUCAAAUUAAUUUGAUUAAACUGUUCAUAUUUUGUAAUCUUAUCUGUUAUGAGUAUGUGAAUUUUUUGUUUUGCCAAUGGCUUUAUACUUAGUAAUAAUGUGACUUACUAGUUAUUACUGUGUGUGUGUGCUAUUUGAUCCACAGAUUUAGGGUUGAACAUCUGUCAGUAUGCACAUCUGAACACUAAAGCGUGCUUAAGCUGUCGCCUCGUCGAUUCUGCCGCGUACGAGCAUUCUCUCUCGCUCUAGCAAAUGACAGUUUUGAGUAACAAAAAAGAAUAGAAGUUUAGGAGUGUGAUGAGGUGCUGACAGAAGUGUGACCCUUUCUGUGACCGGGUCUCGAAGGAAUAAACCUCAAAAAUGUGAAGGGAAUGAUAGGAUAUUUGAAAAUUAAACAAUGCACUCUUUCA